AUGCUAAUAAUGCCAAAAGUAAGCUCAAAGAAACAAUUUAAUCAAAUUAUUAACAAACAAGAUGAACUUUUAAAAAAAAAUGAAAACUUGGCUAAUGAAUAUGAUGUUAGUGAAGGCAUG